CUGGGAAUGAGUUGGAAGCAGACACAGCCUCAGCGCGCAGAUCUCGCCUGCUGGAGGCAGACAGACAGACAGACAGACACGGGGGAGGGAAGGAGGCGGAUAAAAGAGACUUCAUCUGCUCUGCAUAAGGAAAAGUCCCCCCCCCCCGGUGCUUCUGGGGCGGCAUGUAGGGCUCGCAGGAAGGCAAGAAUACUUGCUAUUUCACACUCAGCUCCAGGGCACUGAUUCCCCGUUGAACUGGUUUGAAAGGCAAACUGUGGCUCUCCUGUGUCUGUCUUGCUUACCUGAGGGGAAGGGGAAGCCCAAAGAGAACACCGAAGACAAGUGAAGAGGACAUUUGGCUGAAUCUGAAAGAAAGUGAGCAAGCAAACCAACAAUAAAAACCAAUCAUGUUCUCUGAACAGAGGAUUAGAGCUAAAUUUUGAAGGAAAAAAAAGCCCAACCCAUUUAUUUUUUUUAAAAAAUGUGUGAAAUGACUCCUUUCCUUUUCUUGGACACCAUGGUCAAAAUGCUCUGGCAGGACGGUUGAGGCACCAGAUUUGCCCUUUCUAUUUGAAUUUGACGCGCAUCCGUAUUACUUAGGGCUCAAAAGACCUGGGAACAGGUGGGAAUUGGAUUAUGUCAAAUGCUGGACUGGAGGGAAGAAAUGGACAUUGAUAGGCGAAGAUGGAAGUAACUUGACAGCUUCAACCCUAGAAGUUGCCUUUGGAAAGGACAGCUUAAGACUGGAAUCACACGUUUUACGGGGAGAACAGUAUGCAGGAAGCUGGUUUCCAGGCCACAAAUGCUUUCACAGAAAAUUCCAGAUGGAGUAUUGUCAACUCUAGGAACUUCACAUUGUAUAGUGAUGUGGAUCACUGUCAAAAUCUUAUGGGUCAGAAACAAGAAGUGGACUCACAACAUGAUGAGUGCAAAUUCACCUGCACCAGCGGCAAAUGCUUGUAUCUUGGCUCACUGGUUUGUAACCAACAAAAUGAUUGUGGGGAUAAUAGUGAUGAAGAGAACUGCCUGCUUGUAACAGAGCAUCCACCUCCAAGCAUCUUCAGCUCGGAACUAGAGUUUGUUCAGAUUAUCAUCAUAAUUGUGGUGAUAACUGUUAUGAUAGUAGUGAUCAUCUGCUUGCUGAACCAUUAUAAAGUAUCAACACGAUCCUUCAUCAAUCGGCAGAGCCAAAGUAGAAGGCAAGAGGAAUCCUUACAACCGGACCGCUGUUUGUGGCCUUCUGACAGCUCGUCUUCACGUCAGGGAGCUUCUGAGAUUAUGUACGCCCCACGGUCCAGAGACAGGUUUACGGCUCCAUCCUUUAUGCAGAGGGAACAUUUCAGUCGCUUCCAGCCAACCUACCCAUACAUGCAGCAUGAGAUUGACCUUCCUCCUACCAUCUCCCUCUCUGAUGGUGAAGAGCCACCACCCUACCAAGGGCCAUGCACACUGCAGCUUCGGGACCCAGAACAACAGAUGGAACUCAACAGAGAAUCUGUGAGAGCACCACCCAACAGGACUAUAUUUGACAGCGACUUGAUAGACAUUUCAAUGUACAAUGGGGGCCCUUGCCCACCAAGCAGCAAUUCGGGCAUAAGUGCAACUAAUUAUAGCAGUAAUGGAAGGAUGGAAGGACCACCCCCGACUUACAGUGAGGUCAUGGGGCAUUACCCAGGUUCCUCUUUUUUCCAUCACCAGCAAAGCAAUGCACCUCCUUCGUCACAGAGGGGGAGCAGACUUCUGUUUCAGCAGAACAAUUCGGAGAGCACAAUAGUCCCUGUUAAAGGCAAAGACAGGAAACCAGGAAACCUCGUCUAGGUUCCUCUUCCAUGUGCACUUGAAGAGAGACGGGAGAAUCAAACAGGAGCAUGAUGGAAGUUUCUAUGCCCCUGUGCACAAUAUUGUUAAGUUUCAUGUGAUGCAGUUUAGUAAAACCAAACGUGCAAAGCUGUUCUUUGUUUCUGAUUCCUUUCAGGGGAAUUGCAUGAAAAGUGGUUUGAAAUAAUUACAACCUUCCAUUCAGUUUGGCCACGAGCAGUGUUUUUUUUUUUUUUUUUUGGAAAAUAUGUUAUUAUUUUUUAAUAAUCUAUUUGAAUAUUUAAUUCUAAGAGGUAACUUAGCACAGAAAUAUGGCUUAGUCAGCCUGUUUUAUAGCAAGUGAAUGGCGAAAAGAUGAGGACAAGAAAGGGUUACUAAGUAAAUGGAGGCAAAAUUGGCCAGUUUGCUUUCCCUUCCCCCUCUUAGGGUAUGGAAUUUCUUUUUAUCUCAUUCAACAUUUUUGUUUUGUGUGCCAAGGUAUAAAGUUUGUUUAAAAAAACACACCAAGCAAACUAGAUGAAUACAAGGAGUUAAUUUGUGUUGUGAUACAAGUGUGUUAAAUUUGCACUAUCUUUAAUGUGUGUGUGUAUAUCUAUAUCUAUAAAUACAUAGAUAUAUAGAUAUAGAUAUAUAUGGGAACUGUUUUACAUGAAGUUCUUCUAUACGUUGUCUUUUCACCUGUGGAAUAACGGUUAGCCCCUAGGAACCCUCUUCAGGACUUUGCCCAGGCCUUUAUUGGAUUUAAUUGGAUCUCUCAUUUUACAUAAAUAAUAAUAAAUGACAGAAUAAUCUUAACAUGUUACCUUUUGCAAUAAUUUUGCAUAUAAAAAUCGGCAUCAACAAGUAGUCUUAGACUCAUAUGGGGUGGAAGAAAGCAAAUGUGAAAUUACAGCAGUCGCCUUCUUUAGUUGGUUUUAGCUAUAAGCCAUUUAUUUAACUAGAAGCAGACAAAAAUGCCAGCUACAUUACUUUUUUUUUGUAAUUAUAACUAUAUCUUAACUGCUUGUCGCCCCCCUUUUUUAAAUAAUGCAGUGUUGGCAGUACCUAAAGCUUUUGCAGAUUUUUAUCUUCACUGUAGCCCAUAAUAUAUUCAGUCACAUAGCCUGACAUCAUACAAUAAAUGUAUUAUGAAAUUUUUUUUGCUGUUAAAUCACUUUAUUGUUGUGGUUUUAUGUUAUCUUUUGUGUCUUAGUUCUUUAAAGACAAUGGAUCUCUGUAAGCCCCCUUCCCAGUUUCUACCAUUUCUUCAGUCAGUUUAACAGUGCUUAAGGGCACAAUCCUCUUCAUGUUUAGAUGGAAAAAAGGACUACAGCAUCCAGCAUCUCCCAGCUGGCAUGGCUGGCUGGGGCAUGCUGUGAGUUAUAGGAUUUUUUCUAUCUAAAUAUGCAUAGGAUUGCACCCUAAACGUGUUAGCUGCAGAGCCUGCACUAUUAGAAAGAUACUGGGAACAGUUCCAGAAUAUUAGUCGGUUUUUGCUAUUAGUUAGUUAGUCCCAUUUCCAUGCAUUCAUCUGAUUUCAUGUCGAGGGUGCAAGCAGUUGUGCAAUUGUUUUAGGAUCAUGCUGUUUUUAAUUGAAACUGUCUUACGUUUUUGGAAUGUCACUUUACAACUGCUCCGUUUCUGAAUCACAGCCUAAGGAAUCCAGUGAAUUCCCUCUGUAGUAUUGGUUUCUAUGCUCAGUAUCUGUAUUGCAGGUAAAAUUGGAAGGCAUUUCAAAGGAGAGUGGAUAUCUAUUCAAAAGCACACAAAGCACAAUGGGCACUUCAGAAUGCAGUUAGCAAAUGGACUUUAGAAGAAAGUAGAGAAUCUAAGAGUCUUAAUUCUAAUAUUCCUAAACAAGUUGUAGUUACAAGGUAGACCUUUCCCUUAGAAGUCCCCCUUUUCUAUGGUCUUAUGGGUAGCAUGUUGCUGACUGAAACAGCGAACAAGUGCACCAACUGUACUAUAGUAAUGUCCUGUACAGAAGCCCUUGUUCUGUUUGUUGAAGUUUGGUUUUCUAUAGGACUUCCACAAAAUGAAGUAACUUAAAUUGAAACCUGAUUGCUGAAGCGAGUCUCUGAUCUAUGCAGUGUUUUAAUGCCAAAACAGCAUGUGUGGAGUAUGUGUGCUUUAGAUGUCUCUGUGAAGAUGCUUUCCUGUGUCUAUGGUGGCUCAUGAACUUGAUGACUAGUUUGAGGAACAUUUUAACUAAUAUUUUCUAAACAUAGAACCCUGUUUUUAUAGCUAGCCAGAGCCCACUCGUGUAUUGUCCUAAAGUAGCCAUAAUUUAAAAGCUGCUCUUCUGAUUUAUGUAAUCUGCUGACUGGCAUAUCUCCUGUCUCUCAUGCAGUAACUAAAUAUCUUGCUAUAGCUUAGUUGUCUGAAACAGCCAUCACAAGUUGAGUAUCUUGGAGUUCUCAUAUGUUGUGCACACUUUUCCUUUCAAUUGAUAUACACUUAUAAAUUUAUUUAGUGCUGACAAUUUAACAAUACAGGAAUGAUGUUUGGUAAAAUGGAAUGAUAAGCUGUGCUUCAGCUGUGUUUAGGGUGAUUUCCAAGUGAGAUGUCUCUGAAUAAAAUACUUCAGAAUUAAACAGUCCGAGAUGGGAUAUAUCCUUAAAUUACAACUUGGAUUUAACUGUGUGGAUAAGAAGUCUACAUCACAUUAAAUACAUUUGUAGAGAGAUUCCCAUUGCAUAAACUGAUGAUUUAUCCAAAUUGAAGGUCUUUGAGUUUCAAUAGUGAUUAAUGGAAAUCCAGCUGUCAAACUUGAAUCUACUGGAUCAGUAAAUGGGAAAUAGGUGUUGGCAUUAGAUUACUUGGAAUCCACUUUCCCCAAAUUGUAUUGAAUAAAGGUAAUGUAUACUGGUUUUAAAUCAGCUUUUACUUUUAGCAUUUACCUGCUCAUUUGAAGAGAGUAGCCAUUACUUGUAGGUGGCUGCCACAAAUUACUGAACUUCCAUAUUUUCCCUGCUUUUAUUCAAAGGUUCUAUUACUUUGGCUCUCUUAUUUUAGAAAGCUCUAAAUUGCUCAUGCCUUAGCAGUGAGGAUUCAGAUGUCGUGCAUGAGCAAAUGCUUACCCUUGAGGCGGCCCAUUCUUUAACAUCAAGACCAAAACCUUUCUCCCUUCCAGUUACAUGUGUGUAAUUUCUAACUUAAAAGUGUGAGACUUUAAUGCUGUCCUGGAGCCUUACUGGAACAAUCUCUAUGUAGUUUGGUUGAAUGGGCUUUUUUUUUUUUUGGUGGGGGUUAGGGAGACGACAUGAUGCAUCUGAAGAUUCAGAUAUCAUCUCCUUAUGCUGCUGAACGUUUUUCAUCUUCCAGAAUUGCUGGGACUUGUAGUGGAAAGUUGCAGUUUCAUACCAGAUUCUAUAUGAGAACCAUGUUUGUUCAGCAGCUGUGAUGAGAAUUACUAGUGAGCUUAGAAGUGUGUUUAUUCUAAAGUGUUUCUUUGUACAUUCUUUAUAGUUGCUCCAACAGAUGUUUACCAUGGCAGAUAUGAGGUGAAAUUUUGAUGUGGAAUGUUCUGGGUUUUCUUUAAAUUCAAGUUUAUUUCUUCUACCAAAGCCAGCCCUGCUGUGGUGUAGGAUGACUUCUUUUACUUCAUAUCAUUUCUACAGUGGAAAUACCAUGAGCUGUAAAUAUGAAACCCUGUUCCAUGCUUUUGAGGAUCCAAAUGAAAUGCUGUGACAAUUUUAAUUCUAAUAGCAAGGCCAGCCCAAGACAUUUUGCUUCCUGAGGUGGAACAGCAAACGGUGCCCUCAAGGUCGAGGUGCAUAGGUCAAGUUAUUUUUGGCACCUGAGGCACACAAUCCUACAAGUGUUUCUUUCUCUUCCUGGCAGUAAAAAUAAAAUAAUAGAUUAAAUAACUUAACAAUCUGAUGCCCUUUCACGACACCCAAAACCAGCUGCCUGAGGCGGCCACCUCACUGUGCCUAAUGAUAGGGCUGGCCCUGUCUGAUGGCUAGCAAUACAAAACGUGCAAACUAUGUUUAGAUAAUAAAAUGAAUGUAAUAAAUCUUUCUUGUGUUUAGCAUUAUUCAAGUGGGAGCACCUUAAUUUUAUAGAAACAGACCCAAUGAUUAAACCAACCUUUGAGGAGGAGGUAGGUGCAAGCAAGCUACUCAAUUUUUAUGGACUAGUAAUUUUUUUGUACUUCUAUAUGCAAGAUUUAAAGACAUCUUUUGGACUAUAUUAUAUGAGCCUUAUCCCUUCUCAUCUUUUUGUUAGAAUGUGUGCAUUUCUGAAACCUCAAACAUCAGAUAUUAUUUAUAAGCAUAGUUCAGAAAAUGUUUUAUCUGUUUAUCUUUUUAACUAGGAUUGGCCACCUUGCACAAUCAAGAAACACUUGGGUUUUUUUUUAAAAAAAUAGCUCAGUACAGAAUAAGCUAUUUUAGGCAUUAUAGUGAUUUGGUUUAUUUUGAAAUAAAUGAGUUUUCUCAGAGUUUGUAGUGUUACAUCCCCUUUUCAAUGGAGAAAGAAGGGAAUGCACUGGUAUUAUUAAUAGAAUUAAGUUCCAAAGCUUUUUUUUAAAAAAUGUAGAUAUAUAAGAGCUCACUAUUUAAUCUCUUCUGAAUGGCUCUUCUGGGAAGGUAAAUAUCAUAGAGGUUUAUGUAGUAUUUCUGAUUGAGAACCCUGGGAGUGUUCUAGUUUCAUCCACAAAGUUCUCCUCUUGCAAAAGAGCACUCUGUUAAAAAGGGGGCUAAUGUUGGCAAUUUAAUUUAAUUGUUUUUGAUAGUCUUUAAAUAGUCUUUAAAAAGUGCACCAUGCAUGUUUACUCAAAAUUAAGUCCUAUUGAGCUCAAUGAGACUUACUAACAGGUAAGUGGUUAUAGUAUAGUAGUCUAAAUGUUACACGUUUGAGUCAAUAGGAAUUGCUUAUUUUCAUCCUGCCCCCCCAUCCCCCGGAUGUACUUUUUCAAGGGUUAGUCCACUUGUUGAAUGUUGUGUGUGAAAAUAGUUGUGUGUACUUCAUUGUCUUCUAGUUUCUUUGUACAAAAUACUGGUUUAAUAUCCUCAUGCAGUACAGGCACAGAUACAAGAUCCUUUCCCUCCAUGCCUUAACAUAAUUAUGGCAUUUUGUGUAGGAGCUGUCAAGGUCAUAUGUUUGAGAAGGAGGUAGACUACAUUGUAGAGCAUUUUGUCAUUUGUGCACUAAUUUAGGUGAAAGACUUUUGGGAUUGAAUUAAGUACCUUUCCAUCCAUCCAUCCAUCCGGUUCAUCUUUCUGAAGGCAUAUAUUGUAGCUUUCUAAGCAUUUACUAGUCCAGUAAAGAUGGUGAAAAGUACAUGUAAACAUUAAAAUAAUUACAAAAAACUCCCAAACCCACCCCAGACUAAUGUUCAUUUAGAUGCAAAAUAGUCCUUUUCCCCACCCUAUUGCCAGUUGUCAGGCUGACCUCAUUACUGGGUAGAUAGACCACCCUGUUAUUGGAUAUUCAAAGGCUUCAUGUGGUUGUUGAGACCUCUUCCGAGGCUCUUGGAAGGAGAGGUGCCAUGCUCCAACCAAAUUGGUAGUGAUCCAUUAACUGAUCCUGGCACCCCAAUACCAAUAAAGCCAAUGUAUGUAGAAAUGACUAAAGAACUGGGGGUGCACACCACCCAUUAAGCUUUGAGCCAACCCAAAUCACACACUCCUGCCUCCAGGAGAGUAGCCUUUGCAACACACCAGAACAUCACAUCCAGCCCAAUGUUUCAUUUUGGUGCAAGACACUAUCAAAUGUGUUGUACCCAUGCCAAAAAUACAUAUAAAUGACUAAGGAACUGGGGCUGUACUCCCCAAAUAAACAUUGAACCACUCCUAAUUAGACACACCUCCAUCAAAAUGUUCUUUACAGAGUAUCCUAGAACCAUGUGGGCCCAUGUCAAUAAUUGCCAAAAAUAAAGAAGGAACACCUAACACAAAGGUUAGGCAACCCCAAAUGAGACACCCCCACAAUGCCUCCACAAGAGUGUUCCCUAUGAGAUGGCAUAGAAUUGCACCCAAAGGAAGCAUUGGGCCAUUGAGCAUCUUUCCCCCUUUCCAAUAAAAGCCAGUGUGGGUAGAAAUGAAUUUGGCCACACAAGAUGCACGUAUCACUACGAUAGUGUCUUCUAUGAGAUGUUGCUUUAGAAGUAUUAGAAGGGUUUUUGUUGUUGAUGAUGAUAAAACAGUGAAAUUAUUGAAUGUUUCAAAGUUUAAAUGUUUUGAAAUGUUUUUAAAGGGGGACCCAUUUGACCCCAUAGAUUAGAAGGAGAAAUAUUGCAGUGUCAAGUGACUUUUACCUUUUCUACAUUUCUGAAAUCACCAUAGCGCACACAGGGGCUUUUCAAUAUGAACCCCACCCCCACCCCAUUUUGCUAUUUUUUAUUUAACACCCAGCCUAAAGAGUCGUACAAAGUUUGCUGACUAUUUUGUCACAUUUUGGUUGGUCCUAACUAAGAAAGACCUUCUCCUGUCGAUGUUAAGAUCUUCUUAUAAAAUUUAAUUUUAAUGGAGAAACAUAGUUGCAAACAAUUUAUAAAUAGAUCAAUUCAAUUCAAAACUCUAUUUUUCUGGCCUUUUCACUGCAAAAUUAUGAAUUGUGUUUUAAACUGCAAUCUUGGACAUUU